GGCUGGUCGCAAUGAUAAGUCGCAUUCCUGCUCCGGUGUGAGGCAGGCUUGUCCCGGUCUGGAAAGGUCCAGUGUCCGGUGCAUCUCGCAGAUCCUGCCGGGGUCUCAGGGCGCUGCCCCCGCUGUCCUGCGCAGUCCUAGCCUCUAGCUCUCCCUGGGCUGCUCCAGAGCCGCCGGGCUUCCUGUAGCCGCGCUGUGCCCGGGGCCUCCAGCCGCCGCCGCCGCAGCUUUCCGUAGCCCCAGCCCGGGUCGCCGUCCAGCCUUCCUGCCGCCACCGCCCACUUCCGCCCGGGCUGCGUGGGGCUGGUUUCUGCAGGCCUUGGGUGGGGACCGCUGAAUAGGUGGGCUGGACCAGGGCCUGUCAUUGCAUUUACAGGUCUCAGGUGUGACGAAGGGAGAACUAGUCCAGUCUAGGCAGCUGGGGACCUAGGGCAGCCAUCUUGUACAUCCUUGCAGUCACAAGUAAGGAUUUCAGCUGCUCUGACUGGUGUGUGGACCAAACAUUAUUCAUCUGCCUCCAGACUGCCCAGUAGCUCAGCCUCCACUCCCAUGCCCCUCACUGAAGUGGCUUCUUGGGCUCAGAGAGGACGUUCACUUAGACUUCCAGAAGCCGGAGCGAGGACAUGGGCUCAGUAGUUGUUGAGGAUGUGGCUGUGGAGUUUACCCAGGAAGAGUGGACUUUGCUGGAUCUUGCUCAGAGGAAACUGUACAAAGACGUGAUGAUAGAAACCUUCAGAAACCUGGCCUCAGUAGUUUCUCAAGAUCUCAAUGAUGGAAAAAAGUUAUCCAAUAAAUAUCUAAUAGUGGAAUUCAUGAAGAAUGACACCUGGUUCUCCAUGUUAAGAGAUAUCUGCAAAUUGCAUGGCAUUGAAGAUCAGCAUAAAAAUCAGGGGAGACAUAAGAGAAGGCAUAUUGUAAAGAACCUCUUUGAAAAUAAUGAAGAAAAUCAAGGUGGAAAAACCUUCAGAUGGAUUCCAAAUCUUGCUGUGUUCAAAAGAACUCCUACUAUUGUAAAUUCUUCUGAAUGCCAAGAGUGUGGAAAAUCCUUUAUCAAUCACUCAUCAUUUAAGUAUCAUACCAGAUCUCACUCUGGCUACAAUACUUACCAAUAUAAGAAAUGUAAAGAAGCCUGCAGUUGUCCCUCUGACCCAAGUAUUCCAGUAAGAACUCUUACUGAAGAGAAACCCUGUGGAUGUAACAAAUGUGGGAAAGAUUUCUGUAGUUUCUCAUCCUUUCAGACACAUGAGAGAGCUUGUAAGCAUGAAUGUAAAGAACAUUGGAAAACCUAUCCCUCAUCACUCCUUUUACGUAAAAAAUUUCACAGCAGAGAUAAGCCUUAUGAAUGUAAACAAUGUGGAAAAGCCUUCAGUCGUUCCUCAUCCCCCACUAUACAUAUAGGACCUCACAGUGGAGAAAGGCCUUAUGAGUGUAAGCACUGUGGAAAAGUCUUUGGUAAUUCCUCAGCCCUUGCCACACAUCUAAGAACUCACAGUGGAGAGAGGCCUUAUGAAUGUAAGGAAUGUGGGAAAGCCUUUAUUUGUUCUUCACACCUCACUUCACAUAUAAAAUCUCACAAUGGAGAGAGGCCUUACAAAUGUAAGGAAUGUGGGAAAGUCUUCAGUUUUUCUUCAUCCCUCACUCAACAUAGAAGAACUCAUAGUGGAGAGAGGCCGUAUGAGUGUAAGGAAUGUGGGAAAGCCUUCAGUCAGUCCGCAACACUUACUUCACAUAUUAGAGUUCACACUGGAGAGAAACCUUAUGAAUGUAAGGAAUGUGGGAAAGCUUUUAGUCAGUCCUCAGCACUCAAUUCACAUAAAAGAGUUCACACUGGAGAGAAGCCUUACAAAUGUAAGGAAUGUGGAAAGGUCUUCACUUUUUCCUCAUCCCUCACUGAACAUAUAAGAACUCAUAGUGGAGAAAGGCCUUAUGAAUGUAAGGAAUGUGGGAAAACCUUUAGUCAGUCCUCCCACCUCACUAUCCAUGUAAGAACUCAUAAUGGAGAGAGACCUUAUCCAUGUAAGGAAUGUAGGAAAGCCUUUAGUGAUUACUCAUCCCUUACUAGACAUAUAAGAACUCACAGUGGAGAGAGGCCUUACGAAUGUAAGGAAUGUGAGAAAGCCUUUAGUUGUUCCUCAUCCCUCACUAAACAUAUAAGAACUCACAGUGGGGAGAGGCCUUAUGAAUGUAAGGAAUGUGGGAAAGCCUUUAGUCGUUCCUCACACCUCACUUCACAUAAAAAAACUCACAGUGGGGAGAAGCCUUAUGAAUGUAAGGAAUGUGGGAAAGCCUUUAGUGAUUACUCAUCCCUAACUAAACAUAGAAGAACUCAUAGUGGAGAGAAGCCUUAUGAAUGUAAGGAAUGUGGGAAAGCCUUUAGACAGUCCGCAACCCUCACUUCACAUGUAAGAGUUCACACUGGAGAGAAGCCUUAUGAAUGUAAGGAAUGUGGGAAAGCCUUCAGUCAGUCCUCAGCCCUCACUUCACAUAAAAGAGUUCACACUGGAGAGAAACCUUAUGAAUGCAAGGAAUGUGGAAAAGUCUUCAGUUGUUCCUCAUCCCUCACUAAACAUAUAAGAGCUCACAGGAACCUUAUGAAUGUAAGAUAUGUCGGAAAGUCUUCAGUUGUUCCUCAUCCCUCACUUUACACAUAAGAACUCACAGUGGAUGGAGGCCUUAUUAAUUUAAGGAAUGUUAGAGAACCUUUUUUUACUCCUCAGUCCUUUACUGCAGUGCAAAGAGACAAGAAUAUAAGGAAUGUGGGAAAACUGUUAUUCCUACCUCUAUAUCUCACAGAACACAAGGCAUAGUGGAGAGAAACCUUCUGAAAGUAAGGAAUGUGGAACGGUAUUUAGUUAUUCCUUCUCUAUAGAUGAGAAUUAUGUUUCCUUAAACAACGUUCAAGUUUCCAUAUUUUUUUCUGUGCAUAAGUCAGUAUGUACUCAUUGUGGAAAAUUUAUUUUAAAUAAAAAGUAUGUGGAAAAGCAAAAAUUAUUUAGACUCUCAUUACUGUUGAUCUUUUGUGUACUUCCUUUCGGCCUUCCUUGUGUUUGGAUCACAGGAGAAGCAAUCAUAGUAUAAUGAUAUGAGUUUGUAAAACAUUUACAUAUUAAUGUACAUUUUAUAAAUGCCAACAGAGUAGAUUGUAGAGACAGUCCAUCCUAGAACAUUAACAGGGAUUUUCCCCUGAAAGUGAGAUUAUGAUUGAUUUCUCAUUUUUCUUCCUCCCAAUUUUCAAUUUUUUAAUGUUCAUUAUUCAUUUCUUAUGAAAAAUUUUACUAUAUUUUUAAACUUAAAAACAAUUUACUUUUGGAACCUGAGUUCACAAAUGCAUGAAGUCUCAUAAGUUGUAAAAUGAAAAUACAGAAUGGUACCAUUCUUCCCUCCAAAAUGCUGCCCUUUUUUAGUCAAUCCUUCACCUGGCCAUGAAUCCCUGGAAACUGCCCUGUACAUUCCAUGCACUGUGUAGCUUUUUGAUUCUGACUCCUUUCAUAUAGCAUAAUGCAUUUGAAAGUCAUCCAAGUUAAUGGAUGUAUUGAUAGCUUGUUUCUUUUAGUUGCUGUGUAGUAUUCCAUUGUGUGGUGAUAUCAUAGUUUAUGUAUUUUCCAAUUGAAGGACAUUGGCAUUUACAGUAUUAUGAAUAAAGCUGAUAUAAACAUUCCUGAACAGAUUUUAUGUGAACUUACAGUUUUCAUUUUUCUUGCAUAUAUCCCUGGAAGUAGGAUUGUUGUCAUAGGAUAGGUAUAUGUUUAACUGUAUAAGAAACUGCCAAUCCGUUUUUAAAGGGGCUGUGCCAUUUUGUAUUCCCACCAGCAAUCCAUAAUUCCAGUUAUGUUGCAGCCUGGACAGGCCGAUUUCUGAUGCAGUCUCGUAGUACUUUUGUUUGGCACUGACGUCAAGGGGGAAUGUUCAGGUGGGUAGCUUUCCUAGUUUGUCAGCGCUGCAAUAACAAAUAGCACAAGCGUGUGGCUUUUACAAACAAAUUAAUUUUCUUAUAGUUUCAGAGGCUAGCGGUCAGCGUUUAGGGUGUGAGCUCUAGGGGAAGGGUCUCUGCUCUGGGGGAAGGUCCUUGUCUCUUUUCAUCUUCUGUACCUCAGUUCUUUGGCAUUCUUCACGUGGCGUGGAAUCUACCUUCCCCCAUCUGUGUUUUCUUCUGUGCCUAAUCUCCUCCUUGUGUAUCUCUGAAAUGGUUGUUUUAAGACACACCAUACAUUGGUAUGGCCUCAUUAAUACAACAAAACCCCGUUCCCAGUGGGAUAACGUCUACGUGUAUAGGGGUUAGGAUUUACAACACGUAUUUUGGGGGAACACAGUUCAAUCCAUUGCAGUGGCUCAUUUGACAGGAACAUCCCCAUAUUUGCUGAGGAGACAUGGUAUCCCAUAGCAAUCUCGAUUAGACAGGCCUGUGUGUAUGGGACUUUGGGCUAUCCUGUCACUGCUAGCCUGGUCUGAACCCAGGGCCUAACCAAGUCCUGCAGAAGGAUACCAGUGUUUCUACUUGGGUCUCAGCUGUAGGAAGUGUCCCUUGUUCCUUGUCACCACAGUUCCUGAGGUCUCGGCUAUUAUUCUGUUUUUGGUGUGGCAACCAAAAGUGGAUGUCGACGUCUGAAUUAGCAGGUCAGCUUUUGGGCAGCCAUCUUAAUUGCUCACUGCCUCCACUUCUGUGUCUGAAGUAAGUGUGAUUGCUGGAUUGUAUGAUAAACCUAUGUUUAACUUCUAAGAAAAUGCCCGAGUUUUCCAAUGUGGUUGUACCAUCUUAUAUUCUCACCAGCAAUGAAUGAGAAUUUCUAUUGGUUCGCUUCCUUGCCAGUAUUUCAUGUUGUCAAUAUUUUGAAUGUUAGCCAUUCUAAUAAGCUUAAAGUAGCAACUGUUAAU